AUGAAUGAAAUACUUGGAGUUCACCAGCAUUUGAAACAGGCACGUGUGAAAAAGUGUAGACACUACUCAGAUUUCUCCGAGAAGCCCAGGAUUCGGGAUGAUAGAUUUGUUCAAGAGUCCCAAAGUUGGAAGAUACCCAAACGGACGUCAAAGACACUAAAUUCCGCCAUCACUUCGCCGGGAAUCAAACAGAAUGUGGAAUCGAAAACCAAAACCAAUGUAUCAAGAAGGUCAUCGCAUAGCUAUCCGGGACCAUCAAAUGCACGUAACAUCUACAUGCUCAAUCGCUGCCUCGACGACAUUGAGCACUUUGGAAGACGACUGAACAAGUGCGUGAAACGGGACAGCACUGACUCGAAGGAUAUGCUGUUGCGCAUUGAGCCUGUCAAUGUCAAACCACCAGGACGCCAUGAUGCCGUAGAAACCGUUCGAAAAAUCAAACUGGCGUUAAACAUGGCUCAACUAAUUCAGGCCGAAGCACCAGAGGCCAUUGAGAAGAUUUUCAUUCGACUCAUCAAGUGUAUCGUCUGGUUAGAUGACAUUAGUCAAAGUCGAAUCAUCCCUGACUACGAGAUGGAAAUGAUCCAGGAUGUGGUCGAGCCAUUACUAAGCGAGGCAACCAUUGAGGCAAUCAAAAGGCGCUUGAAUCCAAUUCUGACAGAAUUCUGGAUCAAGUUGGGUGACGCUUGGAACGUAUCUGCGGAACGUUGGCCACAUCCAAUUGCGACCUACGUACCUCAGUUCAAAACCACACCCAAAAGGAAUGUGGUUGCCCUUUCAAACCGUUCCCAGGGAGGUGGAACAGGCUUUGGAGUUUAUCCACAAGUUGUCGCAAAGUACUCACGGCCAAGAAUAAACAACAAAGAACAUCAAAGGCUCUGCCAGAAAAUACAAGAUCGCGGCGGCCGCUUGUGUUACGCAACCGUACGCCACGUGAGCUCGAAACCAGCCGAAAUAGAUGCAUAUCAGGGUGAAGUGUUUGAAAUUGUAGAUAACACUGAAGGAGACUGGUGGACCGUCACAAACAAUGUCGGAGAAACAGGGCAAGUGCCAAAGUGGAAACUACGUCCUUUCUACCUGUCAGCCAGUAUGCUCGAUUUGCGUCAGACCGAACCAACCGUAAUGAAUUCUACCGUACCCAAGGUGCAAUCACGUCCUUAUGUCUAUAGAGGGUCCUCACACAGCCGCCCAAAGAGCGAGUAUGAACCAUGGGAACAGGAGAAGCGCUUCAGUUUCCCUCGUCAGAGCCUGUCUAAAAGCCGAUCAAUGGGGUCACGGGUUAAUCUAGUGCCAUCUCAUCGAUAUGGAGAACCAGAUGAGAUGGACGAUGUUCACCCGAUGAUGCUUUACUUACCCUCGGAAGAAGUGAAACGGAUUGGCGAUAGCAAAUCAUCGGUUCCGAUAAUUCUCGUACCCUACGAACGUCAUUCACGUUCAAAAGAACGUAACUACUCACCUGGACGUGGGCAUUCCCAAACGCGCUACAGAACACCAGACAGAUCUCCACAUCGGAAUGAACGUGAUGUUUCACCUGUUCGGAGGCGGUAUUACCCAAUUCGGCCGGGCCAAACUUACAGACCAACCAUCAAACUGGAUUCUCCGGAGCCGAGACGACCAAGUAGAAGAUACUGAUCCCUAGAUAGCACAGCCUGCUUUUUCGCCUGACCCUAAACCUGACCUCCCAUUUCAAAACCGUCGACAAAAUAUCCAGGUAGUUUCUAACUGAAUUCCAUCAAGACCCCUACGGACUACUGAUAAUCUUUUCAUCCCUAUUCAUACUUUUCUGUAUGCGUACUUUCCGACUCAAUCAUUUUAUAUCUGUUCUAAACCCGUCCAAUUCCAAGCAUAACAAAACUGUAUCGUG